AUGAAAGACUCACUUUACGAUCGCCUCUGGCGCCGAGAAUGCGGGGAUUUGUCCUCAUAUGCCGGGCUUCGGGGUAUCUACGGUGGUAAGGAAUGGGUCGAAAAUCUCGAUAUCGUGAAUGAGUUGGGCGGACAUACAGGAUGCGUGAAUGCCUUAAGUUGGUCCCGAUCCGGACGUCUUUUGGCCUCGGGUUCCGAUGAUCAACACCUCAACAUCUAUUCCUACCAACCGGACUCCUCGAGUGCACCAUUCGCCCUAGACACCACAGUUCUCACUGGCCAUAAGGCCAAUAUCUUCUCCGUCAAGUUCAUGCCGCACUCCAAUGACCGAACCUUAAUAACUUGCGCGGGCGACUCGCAAGUACGCGUUUUCGACAUUGAAUAUGCCAGCAAAAGCGAGAAUGCCGGUGCCACAUCGGCCUUUGCGGCAUCCGCCCGCAGUCAGCGCUUCAACAAUUUCUUUGAAGGGGCCCGGUAUCUCAGCGAAGGAAACACCAAUGCUAGAGCUUACCGGAGCCAUUCUGAUCGCGUGAAACGUAUCGUCACAGAGUCGUCGCCCCAUCUCUUUCUGACUUGCUCCGAGGAUGGUGAGGUCCGUCAAUGGGAUUUGCGACAGCCAUCAUCCGCUUAUCCUCCACCUCGGGGUGGCCAGGGCUUCAGGGCAUACCGGCCCGGACAGGAGCAUGACGACUCGAACGUUCCUCCGCCGCUCAUUUCAUACAAGCGAUAUAACCUGGACCUCAACACAAUCUCCUGCUCCCCAAGCCAACCACAUUACAUCGCGUUAGGUGGUGCCCACAUGCAUAGCUUUUUGCAUGAUCGCCGUAUGCUUGGUAGAGACAUCUCUGCUGAAAGAGGCAGUCCCUCUGUGUCGACUCCAAGUGCUGGGAGCAACGCAGAUGAAAUGAUGGGAAAGGCAACUAGGUGUGUGCGACGGUUCGCACCUCGUGGCAAGCGUCGUCUGAAACACAUUGACGAAGGUCACAUUACUGCCUGCAAGAUCAGCGAUGCGAACCCGAAUGAGAUGAUAGUCAGCUGGUCGGGAGACCACAUCUAUAGCUUUGAUCUCGUCCGAAGCCCCGAUGCUCGUGAUCAGUCACCCGAGGGGAAACCGGAGAUCAAAAACUCCAAAGGCCGUCGCAGUGACAGCUCACGCAACCGAAAGCGAAAGCGCCCAAAGCCAACUUCAAUGUCCUCCCAUGGAAGUGGAGACCGGCAUCAUUCCCGACGUCGCUCUGCCGAGCCAAAUGCUUUCAGAGUUCAUUAUGAAAAUGGUGAAACUUCUGACAUCUCGUUCUCAAAUCUGUCGGAUAGCGACGAAUCUCCGGAAGGUAUACUGGAACGUGCAAGAAACUCGGUAUUGAGCGAGGCCCAGAAAUUUAGCAUGGAAAUUGCAAAAGGCUUGGUCAAGCUCCGAAAAUCCUUAUUCUCCUUGGAAACAGCGACGCGAGAGGCUAUGGAAUCGAAUCAGACAGAUAUUCCUCCUAUCGACUCCUUCGACACAGCCUUAGCUCUGGCGUCUCAAUAUUUACCCAAGAUGAACGAUGUCAUCAGUAAAUGGCGCUACCCGAUGAACCCCUCGCAGGACACUGUUGUAUUCCAGCAAACCCUUCGUCGUAACCGCCAAGCAUCGUGGAGAUUUGUCCAAGCGGCUGGUACCCUUGCCCAUACAUUGGAAGUGAUCGACAACUCCGAGAACGCUGGCUGGCGAGAUUUUAUGAAAAUUUCGCCCGCGCCAAACGAAGACGAUUCUAUUGAGCGAGAAGCUCAAUUUGGGUAUGACUUUUUGAAAGCAAUCUUGCUCUGGUUACAAGGUGGCAGACUAGGGUUGCUGGCUGGAUUCAAGCGGGAUUCAUAUCCCAUGCGAGUACAUGGGCGAUUUCCAAUACCAGCUGACGCUGGCGACGAGGCGAUUGAUGAAGUUCUGCUCCCAUACCUACAAAGCUUAGCAAGUGACACGCCGAUCAUCAACGUGGAUGCAUCUCGCUUUGAAGUCGCUGCCUCCCGAAUCCUAUUUCAAAGUCAACGAGCAGCGGUCACGGCAUUUGGCAAUGCUGUGAAAUUGCCUCUCGAAAACUUGGAAAACAUGGCUGCCCGAGUCGAUAAGCGUCGCGUCUCUAAUUCUUCCUCACAUGUUCGAUCUCUUGACCGAGCAUCGGCCACUCGGUUCUGGAUUUUGAGGGUCGGCAGAGGUGUUCUAAUGGAAGCCGGAAACGGUGUCGAUUAUGCUUUUGUCAACCGCGCUUUUGGUGGACUCUACACUGCAGUGGCAGAUGAUGAAUCCGAUAGUGACGAGGACCAGAUAGUGGAAAGAUCCCAAGAAGAUAUUGAUCCCAAUGUGGAAGAAGAGCGCAUUAGGUCGGUUAAUCUUGUGAGGACGCAGCGCGCCUCUCGUGAAAGUGCUGCAAAUGCUACAGAAAACGACAGCAUUACCCCCAACGAGGCUGGAUCCUCUGAUAAUUUGGCGAUUCGCAGUGCCCCUGGAAAUCGAGAUGAUCAGAGUGCAGCGGAGGCCCCGAGUGACAGUGAAAGCGACGGUGAGGAUGAAGAUGAGGAUGAAGAUGGUCACUGGGAUUUAGGCACUAUCGACUCAUCAGAUGAUGAACAGGAGGAUGGAGAUAGCGAUACCGAGCAGCCUUUCUUGGGAUAUAAUGGCCGCAUGUCUCAGCGGGGAGAGGUCGAACUUGAUGUGCCAUGCUCAGCACAAUCCCGGGUUUACCGAGGCCAUUGUAACAUCAAGACGGUAAAAGAUGUGAAUUUCUUUGGCUUAGAUGAUGAAUACGUGGUGAGUGGCAGUGAUGCUGGCCACGUCUUUAUCUGGGAUCGGAAGACUACGAAAUUGGUCAAUAUCCUAGAGGGCGACAGUGAGGUUGUCAACGUCGUGCAAGGUCACCCAUACGAACCCACUUUGGCUGUAUCAGGCAUCGACAGUACGAUCAAAGUCUUCUCCCCUGAUCGAUACGCCCAAGAUCAGGCUCGGCGCGGAUUCAAUAUUCUCGAUCCCGAUAACCCAUCCAAUGUUCUACGCACAAAUGCAAGCAACAUCGGUGGGCUGCAGAGUCGCAAGCGCAUCGAGGAUAGCUACCGCAUCAUGAACCAAAACGAUCUCGACCGCCGCGGAGGAAUGGAUGAGGCGUACAUUACUAGGAACAUGCUUACCCGCCUAGCUGCCACACUGCGAGGUCGACCAGGCGUCAGUUUUGGGGAUGGAAUCCCUGCCAUCGCCGGUGAAGACGAUGAUCGCCCUAGUGUUGUGCUUGAUGACAAUUGCAUGGUGAUGUGA